GCGUGGCGUUUCAUCAGUCGUUGCCUUUCCCACUGCGAGCUUGCGUGUCUGCACUAGUACCGGAGAGCUCGUCAAAGGAUGUGGUAGAGAGAGAGAAACACCAGAGGUUAUUUCAUUUUGUCGAUAAAAACAGGAAAGAGAAGACGGAAAAUCGUCAGAGCCAAAAGAGAACUACCACUCCAGUAGUAGACCGUACCAGCGUUUGACUUUUUUUUGUUUCUUCUUCUUUCUCUCGUCCCUACGAGUGGCACGUUCCCGAGACCACGGAUCGAGUUUGGCGUGUUGGCUUUACGCUCUCAUCACUCUGCACUCGAUUGCAGUUCUCUCGAAUCUAUCUGUGCUGUCCUCUCGAAUCCCUCGUUCUCUUUCGGUCUUGACCGUAACGGUCGCCAUUCCGAUCGACCGUCGUGAAUUCAGCGUCUUUGAGUCUCCGUUCCUUUUUUGAUUAUCUUUGAGCGUUGACGGGAAAAAAGGGGGAGAGAUACAGCAGUGUCUCGAGUGUACUGCUGCUGCUCUGUACGUGGCCAGUGUGUCGUUGCGUGCUCUGCCCGUCCGUAAAGAGAGCGAGAGAAUCCACGUUGCGCAUAGCACACACUCGAUUGCGUUUGCCCACCAUGUUCAGCAGAGAAAAUAACAGCCGAGUCAGUCUUCGCAACAAGACGCUGGAGACGCACAUCGAUCGGCAGAGUGUACGAGAGUCUUACAACGACGUCCGCUCGGAUUUCACCGAAACGAAUUGGGCGGUGUUCCAAUUCGAAGGCAAUCAGAUCUGCAGCAAGGCUGUCGGCAGCGAUUUCGCCGACUUUCGAACUCAAUUCGUCGACGAUGAGCGCGCCUUUGGAUUCGUUCGCAUUCAGAGCGGCGACGAAAUGAGCAAGCGGACCAAGUUCCUCUUUGUGACUUGGCUGGGGCCCAACGUCAGCACGAUGAAGCGCGCCCGGCUCAGCAGUGACAAGGCCCUCGUCAAAGAAAUCAUCAUGAAUUUCGCAGUCGAGUUGCAGAUUGAGACGCCCGAUGAGCUGAAUUACGAGUUCUUCCGCGAAGCCGUCUGCAAAGCAGGCGGAGCCAACUACGGAACCGGUGUCCGGGAGCUGUGAUUUUUCUCUUAAACUUCCUCUUAACAUUUUUUUUUUCUCUCUCUCUUUUUCCUCUCACAAUAUUCCAUCUCCUGUUGUCUUGGUUUACUAUUACUCGAGUCUCGAUUGAUGCUAGUUGCAGAGGCGUAGGCAAUGAAGUGCUCUAAACUUAAAAAAAAGAAACACAAUCCAAAAUUCAGCUCUUAAUAUUUAGUCCUUUUUUCUUUUUUUUUUAAACACAAAUUCUUUUGUUUUUUGGAUUUGUGCAAAAGUGAAUGCAUUCGAGACUAUUAUUUAUCGGUCUUUGAGGCUUCGGUUGUGUGCCUUAUACAGCUUCCAAAAAAAAAAAAUAACCCUCCCCCCUCCAAAAAGCAAGAGUAAAUUGCAAGUGAUGUGAAAAAAAAUAUGUUAUUCCUUCAGUUGAUGUUUCUAAAUCGAUCCACGUACCAAUGUAGAUGUCAACUCAAUCGGCCAUUUGCUUUCUUUUUUUUUCAAAUUUUUAAAGAAUUAAUUAAUCGAUUUGGAAGCCAUUUUUGGUACACUUCUAUUUGAAUUUUCCUUCCGUUUAUUCUAUCCUCUUUUUCGAUGACAUGUUUCUCUACUGUCGAUAAAAACAAAACAAAAAAAAACAGAUUAAUAAUAUCUAAUAUACACGGCCUUAAUGGAAA